GGCACCUGUCAGUCUCGGACCAUGCUUGUGGAGCAGUAUUUGUGUCGCCAGCACGGAAUACACGAGGAUUCUUCAUAAUUUAUAGGCGGGUAAGGGAAUAUUUAUGCUUUGUCCUCUUGAACAACGUUAACAGCAGUGACUCGGUUCAACUGAACGAUGCCUUCGACUAUCAUCCAGGCGGGACAAACAUGGCAUGGUUUUAGCAAGAUCCAGUAUUUGAUCAUAUUUGGUGAUUCUUAUAGCAGCAUUCGUUGGGACUACCAAUCUUCUCCCCAUCCGACAAUCAAGAGCCCGCUGGGAGUGACCUAUCCCGGAGUGACAUACGCAGAGCCAGGCAAGCCGAACUGGGUCGGACAUCUAGUGAAAUCGCGUCCAUCUAAACUGGUGUACGACUAUGCCAGGGGAAACGAUUUUGUGUCUUCUCUAGAGAGACAGAUCAUAUACCAGUUCCUUCCAAAUGUCGCAAGGAAGCCAUCGUCGGCCCAAUGGGAACCAGAGGACACACUCUUUAUGACGUGGAUUGGGAUUAAUGAUCUCGCUCUCAUCGAAGAUAUUGAUGGCGUGUUUAACACGCUGAAGGGUCUUUUCCGAUACCAAGAGAAGCUAUAUGCCUCUGGGGCUCGAAACUUUCUGUUAUUUGACCUCCCUCCGAUCCACAGAUCGCCCUCAGUACGGGACGAUACCGCUACCGUAAUGGAACAGUAUCAGACGUGGAACGUGACAUUAGAGAAAGAACUUCAGAGCUGGACUAAAAGCCAUCCAGAUGUCACCACCUUUCUCUUUUCCUCAUGGGAUUCAUUUUCGCGCGUGUUGGAUGAUCCAAACGCAUUCGGAUUUGAUCCCAACGACAUCAGUGAACCUGGGGGUGCAAUAUGGGUAGAUCGGCUCCGUCCCACGAGUGCGAUGCAUCGAAUCAUUGCGGACGAUCUGAUUUCGUUCCUGGACGCCCAUUCACCACAUGUCUCUGAUCAACCAGAAUUCUCGCACAAUCGGGCGUACUUCUCAGCAAGCAAUGCUGUAUGAGUGAAGACGAGUUUGCGAAAAAGGCAUAGGACGGGGCGGGUGCUUUAUUGUUGCCUCUGGAAGGAACUGGUAGCAUUUUUCAGUUCAUGACUACUGCCAGGUUAUAUAUUCAUGUGAACGCAUCUAGUAUGUAUAAUCCUACGACAUUACGUGACUUACAGAACAACACAUCUACGUGAACAUGUACGCAACUUUACGUUGACGAGGUUCACUUUACCUGCGCUUCGCAAUUGAAGUACUCAAAAAGUUAAAUUUUUCAAUUUAUUUGGCACGAUCUCCCCAGUUUAGUUAUCGUCAAUGC